CGUCAAGGCUUGGGAUCCCUUCGGUGUUGAGUUAAUGUUUGAUGUGCUGCAAGAGGUAUAAAGAGUAAAUUGCUGUUCAUCGGAACGUCGUUACCUCAGUGGCUCUCUGUGGAGCACAUCUCUGCUCUUCUUCACUUGAGCUCUACUGUCAACUCAUCUGACCUUGGUUGCUUGCUUUGUCCGCAGAAUCAUAUCAUGGGUUUUUGGCUGAGAUUUCUUUGGUACCACAGGAACUACAUCAUCAUUACCAUCACUCCGCUGUUACUCCUUCCCCUGCCCCUCAGCAUCCCUUCAUCGCAAGCAAGAUGUGGCUAUGCUAUCAUCCUCAUGGCUCUGUACUGGUGCACAGAAUGUAUGCCCUUGGCUGUGACGGCCCUUCUGCCGGUCGUCCUCUUUCCCAUGAUGGGUAUCAUGACGGCUGGAGCGGUCAGUGUUGAAUAUCUGAAAGACUCUAACAUGUUGUUCAUUGGCGGCCUGUUGGUGGCCAUUGCAGUGGAGCACUGGAACCUCCAUAAGCGCAUCGCUCUCCGAGUUUUGCUGCUGGUUGGUGUUCGUCCGUCCCUGUUGAUGAUGGGCUUCAUGAUCGUGGCGUCCUUCCUCUCCAUGUGGAUCAGCAACAUGGCCAGCACAGCCAUGAUGCUGCCCAUCGCCAAGGCUGUGCUCCAGCAGCUGCAAGCCACCGAGGCCCAGGCGGACGAACGAGAUUUUCAGGCUGCGGCAGCCGAGGACAACCCUGCAUUUGAGCUGGAGCUCGCAGACAAGAAGCAGGAAAUAUCCAACAGCAGACAGCCAGACACCAAGACUCAACAGGAGUCACUGCGGGAGUCCAGGAGACAAGCGUUGGAGGCAAAGUAUGUUCAUUUGACCAAAGGGUUGAGUCUGAGCGUGUGUUACUCUGCCAGCAUCGGCGGCACGGCCACGCUCACUGGCACGACCCCCAACCUCAUCCUCAAGGGUCAGAUCGACAAGAUCUUCCCCGGAAAUGGUGACGUGAUCAACUUUGCCAGCUGGUUCGGCUUUGCUUUUCCCAACAUGUUGCUCAUGCUUGUGUUGUCCUGGUUCUGGCUCCAGUUUUUGUUCCUUGGUUCCAACCUGAAGAAGUCAUUUGGCUGUGGCGUGAAGAGCGACAGAGAUAAGGAGGCGUACGCGGUGAUCAAGGAGGAGUACCUUAAGCUGGGUCGCAUGAAGUUCGCUGAGGGGGCAGUGCUCACCAUCUUCACCCUGCUGGUGGUCCUAUGGUUCACCAGGGAGCCGGGCUUCAUCGACGGCUGGGCAACAUUGCUCUUCAAUAAGGAGAAGGCGUUUGUAUCAGAUGGAACCGUCGCUAUCUUCAUGUCAAUGCUCUUCUUCGUCGUCCCCUCCCAGCUGCCCAAGUUCAGAGGCUACGGUUACGAUGACGCAGGUAAGACGGUGAAGUCUCCGCCCUCUCUGCUGAACUGGCAGGUGGUCCACGAGCGAAUGCCCUGGAACAUCGUCCUGCUGCUGGGAGGAGGCUUCGCUAUGGCUGCUGCCAGUGAGGAGUCAGGUCUGUCCAAGUGGUUGGGAGAAAGCUUGUCACCUCUCCAGAAUAUUCCUGCCUAUGCCAUCUCGUUGCUGCUCUCCCUGCUGGUGGCGACAUUCACCGAGUGCUUCAGCAACACAGCCACCACCACCCUGUUCCUGCCCAUACUGGCCUCAAUGGCCACAGCUAUUAAGCUGCACCCGCUGUAUGUGAUGCUGCCCUGCACCAUCGCUGCCUCUCUGGCCUUCAUGCUGCCAGUGGCCACACCACCCAACGCCUUCGCCUUCGCCUUUGGAAAUCUCAAAGUCAUCGACAUGGUGAAAGCUGGCUUCAUGCUGAACAUCAUUGGGAUUCUGACCGUCAACUUAGGCGUCAACACCUGGGGAUACGCAUUGUUUGACAUGGGCACCUUCCCCCAGUGGGCCAACAUUACAGAGGGCCAACCUUGAUUGAGGAAAAGACAUGAAGACACAGAGAGAUGGAGACAGCGAAUGUCACAGAAUUGGUCGUGACAAUCAAUUAAAAAACCUCAAUGUAUUUAAUGUAAGCAAAUGUUAAAGACUAGAUAAGCAAAAAUCAAACAAAAAAAUCUUUCACGAGAGGUCAAUUUUUUUGACAUAAUAUACUGUUCUAACUGUGGCGGGGGAAAAAGUGCAAUCUUCUGAGAUCGUUGUCCAUCUGUUCAUUUAGAGAACCCUAUGAGAAAAAAGGUUUUCGUGACUUUCAGGAAUUUCAAGAGCUGCAGCUGAAGCGUCGGUUAUUUCAUAACGAGAAGAACAUGAAAUAUUGGCAACUGCAAAAGUGGUGCAGAAAAUAAAGUUUAAAGACGACCCAGCUCCCCUCAUCAGUGGUGCACUGCUACAUCUUAGGACACGUCACCAUGACGACUCUGUUUACCCGUUUUUCGACUCACAAUCCCCCGAGUCCGUUUUUUCCUGCAUUAAUAUGAAAUGCAGAACAUUACGAAUUUACAACCGAAGCUGAGAUGAACUCAAGUCACAUCAGUUAAGCUCCAUUAGUAAACACAAUCCCCCGUUAGUGUUCAGAAUUUCCUGAAGAGAAAUGAUGUAGGAACUUUUUUUUUUCUUUGAAAAAGACUGAGGUCAUUUCCUUGUGUCUGUUUAUCAUUUACAGAUCAUCAUGCAAACGUGCAGUAAACAUUAUUUACAAUAAUGUAAUAAUAGUAAUGUUGUGUUUACAGACAUUGUGUAAAUGAUUUAAACCUGAAUUAAUUGUAUCAGUUAAUUUAUUACUGUGGUUCUUUUUUCUUUUGUAUAUGCUGUUAUAUGUUUUUUUCCACAAGUGUUUUUGUCAGUUUUUUUUUACAAUAAACAAGCACUAACUUUACACUUUCUAUAAACACCAAGUGGCAGACUUAAGGUGUGUAUUUAUUUGUGUAUUAUAAAAAAAAGCUUUUGGUAAUUGCAAUUAAAGGAAUAGUUCAACA